AUGAAAUUGAAUGAGACCCAUCUUUUCCACCCAAGUGCGGUUCCCUGGUGGUGUCUGGGUUGUGUUUGUUUUCGAGGGGGCCUACGACUAGACAGACAAAAACAUACAACAAAUUCCAUCAUACAAGGAAUUCUCUCAACAUUUAUUAUACAAGAGGAUUCAAGGUUUUUACUAUUCAGUGUUUACGCAACGAUUAGGACUUGAGAUUACUGGGCGUCAAAUCAAACACUCUUCUCUAAAAAGAUUUUAUCACUCCAAGAAACAAUUUUUAACAGUCCUUCAAACAAACAAGUCAUGGCGACAAGAUCUCUGCCAAACAUCAUCGUCACGGGCACGCCCGGGACGGGAAAGACGACACACUGCGAGACGCUGGCGCAACGCACAGGGCUGAGGCACAUAUCGGUCACGCACAUUGUCAAAGACAAGGAGUGCCACGAGGGCUGGGACGAGGAAUAUCAGUCCUGGAUUGUGGACGAGGAUAAGCUCUUGGAUGCGAUCGAGGAUGACGCAAAGGCCGGCGGCUGCAUCAUCGACUGGCAUGCUUGUGACCUGUUUCCCAAAAGCUGGAUUGACCUGGUCGUUGUGCUGAGGGCGGAUUCAGCAACGCAUUAUGAUAGGUUGAAGGCGAGAAACUACCCCGAGAAUAAACUCCAAGAGAACCUGGACUCGGAGAUCAUGGAAGUGCUGCUACAGGAAGCACGGGAUGCCUACGAUGCCGAAAUCGUAGUGGAGCUGCAGAGCAACACGACAGAUGAAAUGGAAGCCAAUGUCGACAGGAUUGAGGCUUGGUUGAGUCAGUGGAAGAAGGACAAUGGCGUCUGAGGCGGUCUUUGAUUAUUUUUUUUCUCCUUCUUUUUUCUAUGCCUCUCCUUUUCUCGUGAUACCCCCCUACAAGCAAGAGUCUCUGGGUGGUGUUUUGUGCCAAAAAUAUAGUGGUUGACAGCUCUAUCUUUUUCGGGGUCCACAGGGGACCGAUUUACCUGCGCCGGGCAUCCAGUUGGGUCUGGGUUUUUUUUUAAGUGGAGCACGGACAGGGGAGACACUAACCCAGAUAAACAAAGGAAUGACGAAAUUUGAUAAGAGUACCAACAACAAAUCGAC